AUGGACGGCAACAAUCUUACUAUCCGCGUCAAGGCAUCCGAGGCCUCUGCCAAUACUGAGCUCAACAAUUCCGAGCUCACUCACAGCAACAUUGACGCCAAAGAGAACGCCACUCGUCUCACUCAAGGCGUUGUCGGAGUUCUUCAGCGUUCCGGUGCCGAUCCGACCUAUAUCCAGGCCUUCGCUGAGCAGCAGGGAGCUGUUAUCGCCCUGACGGAGAAGGCGGUCAAGGAGGCGGACAAGAUGACUCUGGCUUCAAAGAACAUGCUCAAGUACGCGAACCACGUUGGACCCGAGCUCGCCAUUGCGACUGAGCAGUACCAGUUCCUCUCCGAGGACUACCGCGACAGCAAGAAGCAGAUGCAAGAGAUUGGUGGCCAGCAGGCCGAGGUCAUGAACAAGGUUACGGCUGUGGAGUGUCGCAUGUAG